AUGACAUCUCCAGAGCCCGUCCCCAUUGCCAUCGUGGGUAUGGGCUGUCGGUAUCCUGCAGGAGCCAACAGUCCCGAGCAGCUGUGGAACGUCGUUGCGGAGGGUCGAAGUGGAUGGACAGAAGUGCCUCUGGACAGAUUCAACCAUGAGGCAUUCUACCAUCCUGAACCUGAGAUUCCAGGUACCAUUAACCAGAAGGGAGGUCACUUUAUAGACCAAGACAUUUCUGCAUUCGAUGCUGGCUUCUUUGGAAUAGCACAGCAAGAGGCAGAGACGCUGGAUCCGCAGCAGCGUGUCGUGCUGGAGACUUCAUGGGAGGCUAUUGAGAAUGCUGGCAUUCCAAUGCAUCACCUCAAGGGAUCAGACACUGGAAUAUUUGUGGCCAUGUUCGGCCACGACUUUGAACAAGCAACGCACAAGGACCCGGUGGCCGUCUCCAAAUACCACAACCUUGGUGUGGCACGCCCGUUGCUCGCAAACAGAGUGUCGUACGUCUUUGACCUUCAGGGCCCUUCGGUUGUGGUUGAUACUGCUUGUUCGGGGAGCUUGGCAGCUAUUAGCUUAGCCUGCCAAAGUCUGCGGUCUGGGGAGACGUCCAUGGCAUUAGCAGGCGGUGUCAAUCUGAUAUUUUCUCCAGACCAAAUGUCUCUCAUGUCAAUGACUGGGCUCUUUAACGACGAAGGGAGGUCAUUCACAUUCGACACCCGCGGCAACGGCUAUGGUCGAGGAGAGGGUGUAGGAAUCGUGGUUCUAAAGCGCCUGGAUGAUGCGCUGCGUAACGGGGACACCAUUCGCGCCGUUAUACGAAACUCGGGCAUCAACUCCGAUGGCCGAACAAACGGAAUCAUGCUCCCCAAUCAGGCUGCUCAAGAGCGCCUUGCAAAGAGUUUAUUCCAGAGCCUGCCGUUCAGCCCUUCUGAUGUGCAAUAUGUAGAGGCCCACGGCACAGGAACCAAAGCGGGAGACAAAGUCGAAGUCAACACCAUUCGAAACGUCUUUUGCGAGGGUCGCGAGAGCGAAAAUCCGGUGUUUGUUGGUGCUACGAAGCCCAACCUCGGACAUUCUGAAGCUGCGAGCGGCACUGCAGGCCUUAUCAAGACGGUGAUGGCGAUGGAAAAGGGACUGAUUCCGCCGAAUAUUCUGUUGGAGAAGUUUAAGCCCGGGCUGGAACCGGGUCACUGGAGUAUGGAGAUUGCACGAUCGCUCACGCCGUGGCCGUCAGCAAAGACGAGCAGAAAGGCUGUGGUCAACAGCUUUGGAUUUGGAGGGACAAAUGCCAUGCUUCUUUUAGAAUUCGGACGAGUUUACGAUGGCGCAAACAAUUACAUCAAUGGCCUGGAUCGCGACGAAGGUAUCAGGCCAGACGAACCCAAAGUCCCUCGUCUCUUCCCUCUAUCUGCCACAUCAGAGUUUUCCUUACAGAAUGCUGCCAAGGAUCUUGCAGAUUAUCUGAAGCGUCGAGGCGACAUUCGACUUGAUAAUCUUUCUCAUACUCUCACCGGGCGAAGAUCUCAAUUCCAGUGGCGCUCGAGCAUCGUUGCCGAAGACGUCGAUUCUCUCAUCCAGAGUCUUUCGGCAAAAGAUCUGGCGCGGAGCAAGACAUCAAACAAAACUGCAAAUGUCUUUGUCUUUACCGGGCAAGGCGCGCAAUGGGCCAAGAUGGGUCACAAUUUGCUAUCUGCUGAAGACAACGAAUUCACUCGUUCCAUCUCGGCUUCGGAACAGCUGCUCAAGGAAUUCGGCGCUGAAUGGAGCCUUGUCGAGGAAUUGACCAAGGACGCAGCAUCGAGUCGCUUAAACGACAGUACAUACGGCCAACCGGCCAGCACAGCCGUUCAAAUUGCUCUUGUUGACUUGUUGAAGAGCUGGAAUGUCUUGCCCUCUGCGGUAGUUGGUCACUCUAGUGGUGAGAUGGCGGCGGCAUAUGCUGCUGGAGCUAUUUCUCACAAGGCGGCCAUGCUUGCUUCGUACCACAGAAGCUUUCUAGCUGAAAUGUCCAAGCAACGGACUACGCAGCGUGGAACUAUGCUGGCUGUUGGGCUUGGACGCGAAGAUGCUGAAAAGUAUAUUGGAAAGCUGGAGGCUCCAGGCAUUGUGGUGGCUUGCAUCAACAGCCCGUCGAGUGUAACAAUCUCUGGUGAUGCAGACGGCAUUUCGGCUUUGAAAGACGCUCUCGAUGCAGACGAGAUAUUCAACCGGCGACUCAAAGUUGAUACGGCGUAUCACUCUCACCAUAUGAAGCUGGUGAGCUCUGAUUAUCUGCAGCAGCUUGAAGAGCUCGAGGCGGGCUCAGCAGAUCCCUCGAUUCGCUACUUUUCUAGCGUUACAGGGCGAGAGAAGUCAGAUGGCUUUGGUGGCUCCUACUGGGUCGAGAACUUGGUGUCCCCAGUUCGCUUCUCAGACGCUUUACAGAAUUUGUAUCGUCAAGUAAAGCAAAGCGCCCUGAAUAUCGUCGAGAUAGGCCCACACUCAGCUCUCUCUGGGCCGGUCAAACAAACCCUGGCAGGGCUACAAAGUGAAGGAUCCUCAUACACAUAUAUUCCCACGUUGGUACGUGGUGAACAUGGCGUGAGGUCUCUCAUGAAUGCGGCGUCGAGUCUCUUCCGCGGCGGUAGCGACAUUGAUAUGAGCGCUGUAGCUUCACUCAGCAUCUCACGCUCUUCGUCACCAGCAGUUCUAGGAGACCUGCCAACGUAUCACUGGAAUCACACGACAACCCAUUGGACAGAGUCGCGCCUAAGCCGCGAGUACAGAUGUCGAAGGCAUCCCGCUCAUGACCUUUUGGGCUCUCGAGUGAUUGCAUCGUCAGAUAGUCAACCCAGCUGGCGGAUACUUUUGAGUACCGACAGGCUGCCAUGGCUGCAAGACCACGUCGUCGACAAUUUCAUCGUGUUUCCCGCUGCUGGGUACAUGACAAUGGCGAUUCAAGCCUUGCAGCAACUGGAUCAGGACCGUCGCCCAGAUCUCAAGCCUAAAGGUUACAGACUGAAGAACGUUUCCUUCAAAAAGACCUUGACGCUGCCCAAAGACGACACGCCUGUUGAGGUCAUCAUGUCAUUCCAAUAUGUCGACUCGAACGAUUCAUGGGCCUUUACCGUCUCUUCCAUGUCAGAUCAAGGCAAAUGGCAGGACCACUCAAGUGGAACUAUUUCAGCAGCCUUUGAAGCUGAUUUGGACGAGAUUGAGCAGACUCGUGAAGCAGAAUACAGCCAAAAAUCUCAAAUCUCUCGUCUUGAAAGCGCAGGUGAGAAUUGCAACAAAGUCAUUUCACACAAAGAGCUAUAUGCGCAGAUGGCUGCAACGGGCAACCAGUACGGCCCUACGUUUGCAAUCAAUGAAGAAAUGAAGAUGUCAAGUUUACAAUCUCUAAAUAAACUGGUUGUUCCGGAUAUUCUUGCAAAGAUGCCCGGCAAAUUCAUGCAGCCACACGUCAUUCAUCCCACAACCCUCGAUGGCAUCAUCCAGUCAUGUCUUCCCGUUUUCCAACAGCACUCCAUCAAGGGGUCCGUCAUGCCGAUUCUCAUCAGCGACGUGUUUAUUUCGACAGAUAUUGCCAACAAGCCAGGCAGCCGGCUCCAAGCCGUGUGCGAUUUGAGCGACGUAUUUGCACACUCUACGAGCUUUGGCACCACAGUCUUUCAAGCAGGGGAGAAUGGCAAGCCACAAUGCGUCCUGACAAUGGACGGGGGAGAGAUUCGCGUGGUGGGAGAGGCUCAGUCUUCUCAAGUCGUCAUCAACGACAACAUCUUCAAGAUGGAAUGGGGCCUCGACACUUCAUCAAUUACUGCCGAGAUAAUAGAGUCUGUAAAGAUUCCCUUGCAGUCUGACGAGGCCGGUAUUUCUCAGGCAGAAAAGGUCAAUCUCACCUCUGUUGCUUGUGCGAGAUACAUUGACUGGGCCGUCAGAGAAAUGCACGACCGUGGACUGACUGUAAAAGAUGACCAUCGAGUCAACUGGUGGAAGUUGCUGCAAAAGUUUGCUGCCUCAGAUGUAGGCAAGACACUCAUCCGACAGAGCCCAGAGACCAAGGAAGAGUUGGACAAGCUGACGUCCAGGCUGGGCGUCGAAGGAGAGGCCGUAGCCAGGAUCGGACCUGAACUGAUCCCCCUCUUGACUGGUGAAACUGAUCCUCUCACCCACUUCCUCAAGGACGAUCUUUUAUUCAGAGUCUACCACUCUGAUGAAGGCGCUCGACCCAACCAGUACAUGGCCGACUACGUCAAGAUGCUCACGUUCCAGAGGAGAGAUCUCAGAGUUCUAGAAAUUGGCGCCGGCACAGGAGGCACGACAUAUCGCAUUCUCCAAUCGUGUACCCCCAACGGCGACAGUUUCUGCGCAGAAUACAUGUACACGGACAUUUCCUCUGGAUUCUUCGAGGCUGUCCGCACAACGCGGCUAAAAGACUGGGCUCACCUCUUGACAUUCCAAACUCUGGAUCUCGAAAAGGACGCGGCAGAGCAAGGAUUCAAGGAGCACUCUUACGAUCUCGUUGUAGCUGCAAACGUCGUCCAUGCCACACGGUCUUUGGCAAAGUCACUCAAUACCAUCCGCAAACUACUUAAGCCUGGCGGUGUACUGGGUCUUGUGGAACUUACUAGGACGACGCCGUACAUCAACAUGACGUUUGGAUCGAUUCCUGGCUGGUGGGCUGGUGUUGACGAGGGACGAACUGAAAGCCCGCUGCAAUCUGCCGAGCAGUGGAAUGAGCAUCUUCAGAAUGCUGGGUUUUCGGGGGUCGAUCUGGCUGCAUAUGAUCUUCCCGAGCCUGAAAGACAUUGUGCUCUGCUAUUGUCAACCGCCGUGGAAGCUCGGCCGUUGGAUAACACGCGUGAUGCUCCCCAGUUCAAGAUACUGAGCUCCAUUGCAGAGAAUCAGUAUGCACAUGGAUUUUCAGAGAAAUUAGCUACCGGUUUGACCACCCAGGGCUUUCAAUCAUGCAUUGAUGAGUGGACAAAGACUGCUAUUGACGGUUCGUGCUCCUACAUCAUAAUCGAGUCCUCGGACCAGCCUCUCCUCACACAAGCCUCGAGCGAGAAGUUUGCCCGCGUCACCAAAUUACUAUCCAAUGUGAAGAAGGUGUACUGGAUCAGUUUCGCAACUGCCAGUGACAAUGUUGUACCUGAGAACUCGUUGAUCACAGGAGUCUCGAGAUCCGCACGAAACGAAAAUCCCCAUCUCGACUUCUUCACUGUUGAUGUGCAGGAUUCUCUGAAUCAGCACCCUGACCAAAUCCUGCAAGCCAUCACAUCAUUCAUCCGUUCUACAGAGAACAAGAUUGCAAACAACGAGCCCCGUGAGUUUGAGCUCACUUACAAGCAUGGCAAACUGCAAAUUCAGCGAUUCGUCGCAAACAAGAAACUCUCGCGGGCAGUUUCCGCCACUUCAGACGACUCAGAGACGGAAGAAGUCAAGUUCCAUCAGACUGAGCGUCCCCUCAAGAUCAACGUCGACAAACCCGGUCUCUUGAACAGCCUCGCAUUCAUCGACGAUGAUGCCGGCGCACUCGGCCCUGACGAGGUUGAGAUCCAGUCUUAUGCCUGGGGCCUCAACUUCUCAGACGUCUUUAUUGCUCUUGGUCAACUUCCUCCCACUCAGCCCAUGGUUGGAGAAAGUGCUGGUGUUGUUACGGCUGUUGGAUCCAACUUCAAGGCGCAGUAUAAGCCCGGUGAUCGUGUAACAGCCAUGUUUGGCACGCCUUAUGCCAGUCGAACUAGGACAAACAGCCAUUUGAUUCAUCGCAUUCCCGAUUCUCUACCAUUCACUGAUGCUGCCUCGAUUCCUCUCACUUUUGCAACGGCAUAUUACUCGCUGUUUGACUGUGCCAAUCUCCGUCCAGGGCAGACAAUUCUGAUACACUCUGCCUCAGGCGCAUUGGGCCAAGCAGCCAUCAAGAUUGCUCAACGACUCGGCGCAGUCAUAUAUGCCACUGUCGGCAGCGUCUCCAAGCGUCAAAUCCUCAUGGAGCAAUACGGCAUCCCGGAGAGUCACAUCUUUAGCAGUCGCACAACCGAUUUCGCAGCCGGUGUCGAGCGACUCACCAACGGCGCCGGCGUGGACGUGGUUCUCAACUCUCUUUCUGGCCCAAUGCUCCAUGCUUCUUGGGAGUCUGUUGCAGCAUUUGGAACCUUUGUGGAGGUGGGCAAGACGGACAUUUCCCGACGCAGUCAGCUGAACAUGAAGCCAUUUGAGAGAAACUUGAGAUUCAUCAGCGUGGACCUGGUAGGACUAUCAAAGCAGCGACCAGCAGAGUGCCAGAGACUGCUGGAGAGAAUAUUUGCCGACUUUGACGCAGGACACUUUACACCACUGCCAGUAACUGUCUUGCCUAUUGGUGAUAUCGAAAAGGCGUUUAGACUGAUGCAGAGCCGGAAGCAUACUGGGAAGAUUGUUCUGGAGGCUUCUGAUGAGUCUACAGUUCAGGCCAAGGUAAAGCCCCUUCAACUACGAGCCGAUGGAACGUACAUUAUCGUUGGCGGCCUUGGAAGCUUGGGCAAGCAUCUGUGCAGGCAUCUCCAAGAAAAGGGUGCAAGAUACAUUGCCUUGUUUACGCGACAGAGCUACGAUGACACUGUCAAGGAUGAGAUGGAGAAAGAGCUCACAGAUGUUCCCGAUGCUGUUGUCAAGAUUGUGACGUGCGAUGUUGGAAACGCCAGCGUGGUUGAACAAGUGGCCAAACAGCUUGGCAAAGACAUGCCGCCAGUAAGAGGCAUUCUUCAUGGUGGUAUGGUGCUCUCAGACCGAACGAUAUCCCAAAUCACACAGCAGGACUUUGAGAUUGCCCUCCUGCCCAAGUACCACGGCACAAUCAACCUCUACAACGCAUUCUACAACAAAGACGUCGACUUCUUCAUCAAUCUCUCUUCCCUUUGCGGUGUCGUCGGCACCAUCGGACAGUCCAACUAUGCUGCUGGAGGCACAUACCAAGACAUGUUUACGCACACUCAAGUAUCUGCAGGCCGCAACAACUUUGUCACCAUUGACUUUCCCUUGAUUCAGAGCACAUAUACCGUUACUCAGGAACACACUCACUCUUUGGCCAGGCAGGGCGUUCAGCUUCUUCCUAUUGAGGUUGCACUGCCUGUUGUGGAUUAUGCGAUGAGCGGCAAAGCGUUCAAAGACGGCAAUCACCAGAUCGCCUUUGGUCUCGAUCCCCAAUCCUUCAUUGAUCAGACGAUUCCAGGUGGAAGAGUGCCACCGCUCGUGUCUCAUAUCUUGUCUGCUCACGGCCGAGGUCUUGAGCAUCAGGCCAGCCGCGAAAAUGAACAAACUGCAGAAGAAAAGAUUGCCCUUGCAUCAACAGUCGAGGAUGCAGAGGAAUUCGUUCUGAUUGCAAUCCGCGAAAAGAUUGCAUCUCUUACAGUGCUUGAAGCUGAAGAGCUUGACGUCGACCAGUCUGUCGCAAACAUGGCACUCGACUCACUUGUCGCCACCGAGAUCAAGAACUGGAUCACGAACAAGCUGCAGGCGCCAGUCCAAACGUCGGACAUUUUGGAUGCCCCGAGUCUUCGUCAUCUCGCUGCUUUUGUCACCAAAGGCUCCAAUCUGGUCAAGAGCAAAGUCAACCCACAACGGAAUGGGCAAAACGACGAUACCAAAAGUGAUGCAAACACCGUCAACGCCAAGAGAGAAGUUGCCCUCCCCAAAUACCCCAUGCAGACGCUAGAAGGAACACUGGAAAUCUUUCUCGACUCAGUCGGCCACAUUGCAAACGAAGAAGAGUUGAAGCAAACCCGCGAGGCCAUGGGUGCCUUCCAGGCCCCUGACGGACUGGGACAGCAGCUGCAAACGCGACUGGCCAAGAUGUCGGGAGACGAAGGCGAGAAUAACGAAGUCGUCGACAUGUAUGUGAGGAACAAGUGGCUUCGAGGGCGAGACUGGCGGCCCAGACUGCGAAACUUUUUCGCCACUCUGCCUGGACAAGAUACGCUUCGUCAGCCUCAGGCGAAUCAGGCGGCGCAACUUACAUUGGGGGCAUUCAAGUACAAGUUGGCUCUGGAUGCGGGAACAGUUCAGCAGGACUAUUACAAUGAACAAGCACUGGAUAUGGCUACGGUAUACUGGCUAUUCGGCACGAAUCGCACACCAGCCCUUGGAUGCGACGGUUAUGAUAGAUAUCCAGAGAGCGACUACAUUGUCGUCAUGAAACGUGGACACGCGUACAAGGUCCCCAUGAGAAACCCCAACGGCGAGGUUGUAGCGUACAACAAGCUCGUCUCCAUCUUCCAAGCGAUAUCUUCGCAUAGCCCGGAGGAAACCAACUGGACAAGUCUACUCACUACCGCAAAUCGUGACGAGUGGGCAUGGGCCCGCGACGAAAUAAUAAUGGCAAGCGAAGACGGCCGCAACUUUGUCAACACAAUUGAACAGUCUCUCUUCAUCAUCUACCUCGAAGACGUCUCCCCCGAAACAGAAAACGACCGCGCAAACAUCUUCCUCCUGGACGACAACUCCAACCGCUGGCUAGACAAGACGCUCUCCUUUGUCGUCUGCGCCAACGGCGUGUCUGCCAUCUGGGGCGAGCACACGAUGGUCGACGGCACCACGUUUGGAGGCUUGAUUAAAGCCCUCAGCUCGCCAUCUGCCAAGUCGUUCCAAACAUCCAACGGACCAUCUACCGACUACGCCGUAGUUGACGGUGACUUUUCCCAUAUUCCGUCUACGUUGCCAGCCACUCUCUCAAAACGCAUCUCGCCUCUCCAAGCUCAACACAAACGAGCCCACGAUGGCUACACUCUCGCCAAUCUCACACACACGUACUACGCAGCCACCUACUUGAGAAAACAUAAACUCCCGCCAAAGACCGUCAUCCAGCUAGUAAUCCAGGUAGCCGUCCGCCGCCUCUUCGGAUACAACCCCCUAGGCGCAGUAGACGUAAUCUCCCAGCGCCCAUUCCGCGGCGGACGAACAGACAUGAUUUACGUCAUGACGCCGCCCGUCCAGGCAUUCUGUGCUGCAGCCGAGGAUCCUUGCAUCAACGGUGCUGAGAAAAGAAGAUUGUUCCUGGAAGCGGUCAAGUCGCACGCAAGGCUCGUGGCGCUGUCAACUCGAGGAAGAGGAUUCAGAUGGCACCUCAUGGCGCUCCGAGAGAUGAUGGAGCCUGGCGAGGAGCUUCCCGGGUUUUACAAGGACGCUGUUUUCGCAAGGACAAGCGAGCGGCCGGUUUGCACGAGCUUCACGGAGUUUGGACUUCCCGAGAUGGGACGGUGUCAACCGCAUAAGACUGACGUAUGGGUUGGUGUGCAGGUCUUUGACGAAAGAGUUCAGUUUACGGUGAUUAACGGAGAGAGAAAGUCGGAGGAGUUUGUGGAGCAUCUCAAGGCGGCCGCACAGGUUGUAAGAGACAUAAUCGAGACGAAUGCGGUAUAA